AAUAAGUACUCGGCUCCCGGCAGCGUCGCCGUCAUGGGGAAGGACUAUUACAAGAUUUUGGGCAUCCAGUCUGGCGCCAACGAGGAUGAAAUUAAGAAAGCCUAUCGGAAAAUGGCCCUGAAGUAUCACCCCGAUAAGAACAAAGACCCCAGUGCUGAGGAGAAGUUCAAGGAGAUUGCGGAGGCGUACGAUGUCCUGAGCGACCCCAAGAAACGAGCCGUUUACGACCAGUACGGGGAGGAAGGUCUCAAAACAGGAGGCGGCUCUUCAGGUGGCUCAGGGAACACUUUCCACUACACCUUCCACGGAGACCCCCACGCCACCUUAGCGUCCUUCUUACUCAAGGUGUCCCUGGAAGAGAUCUACCACGGCUCUACCAAGAGGAUGAAGAUCACCCGCAGAAGGCUCAACGCUGAUGGCCGGACCAUGCGGACUGAGGACAAGAUCCUAAACAUUGUCAUCAAACGGGGUUGGAAGGAGGGAACCAAAAUCACGUUCCCCAAGGAAGGGGAUGCCACGCCGGACAACAUCCCCGCCGACAUCGUCUUCAUCCUCAAGGACAAGCCUCACUCGCACUUCAAGAGGGACGGGACGAACGUGGUCUACACGGCAAACAUCAGUCUUAAAGAG